GGUGAUUUCCCAACGCCGAGUGAAGCAUAGUAUCCGUAUAAAAAAUAUACACUGUAUCUCCAUACACAGCUGUGCAUAACGGUGCCUCUUGCUUUACUUGGCAAACCCUUAGAAAUAGAACUUUCUUCUGGGAUGAGCAUGUACUGAUCUGUGACGACCCUUUUAAGAUAGUCCUGAACAAAGAUGGAUACAAUUGAGCAGCUGCUGCAAAGAGGACAGCAGGCGCAAGGAGGAGGCGUAUCACAGGCGUUGCUCAGUGCUCCUGAAGCGGAGAGGAUUAUAUGCCAGCUUGCUCCGUUGGACAUCGCCGAGGUUGGAAGUGCCAAAUGGCACACGCAGCACGAAUGGAUGGACCGACUGAACCUUCAGGCCCACUACAACGCCCAGACCCACUCCGACGAGUUCGUGGUGGAGCUGCUGGUGUCGUGCGACAAGCUGCCGGUGCUGCUGCACGACCUGCUGGUCACCGAGGCCUGGCAGACGCACCUGUACCCGCACCUGGCCGCCCACCUGGCGGAGCGGGUGGACAGCGUCACCGCCUACCUGCUGACCUACCACCAGGUCACGGUGGCCAACCUGCUGCAGGUGUGUUUGUUCCACUCCCACGCCACCGAGUCUCUGUCCGAGGACUGGGCGCUGGAGCUUGCGGACUGGUGCAGCCGCAAGCUGACACGGCUGAAUGCGGAGGGGGCGGCGCUGGCGGAGCACAAGGAGCGCAGUGCCGAGGCCCUGAUGCGCAUGAGCCGGCUGGAGGAGCAGGAGGAGCAGCGGCGGGAGGUGGAGUUCUCGGUGCUCAUGUGCAGCCUAAACAUACUGCGCUACCUCACCGACUCGCUGCCCCGCCUGCCGCUGGGCGCCCUCACCCGCCUGGUGUCCACCAACGACACCCUCAUGGGGCUGCUGCCGCUGCUGGACCGCCCGCCCUGGCAGCGACACAGGAUGGCACCGGUGCCAAGCGGGCCCCCGCCUGAGGCCGCUGCAGGCAGCAGCAGCAGCAGCAGUGGUGGUAAGGGUGGCAAGGGGGGUGGCGGCCAGGCGCCCCGCAUGCGGCCGGUGCUUGAGAGGUGGAACGGCACCCGCUGGGCGGCGGUGGCGCCGUCUGAUCGGCUGCGGCUGUGUCAGAGUGAGGGGCAGGUGUGGCUGGCGGUGACGAAUCUGCUGGUGGAGCCGAGGUGCAGGGCGAGGUACACCCUGGACGAGUACCGGCGGGAGCGCAUCCUGGGGCUGAAGCGCCACCUGAAUGAGAUCAUGUUUGACCAGCUCCCGGUUCUCAAGGACCUGCAGCGGGUGCUGGAUGAGCUGGCGCUGGGGGUGCUGCCAGACCAGUCCUCCUCCGGCCGCCUGGGCUCCUCGCUCAUCCUGGAGGCGGUGCCGGUGCUGCGGGAGGCGCUGCUGCGGGGACGCGACUGGCGGGCGCUGGCGGAAGCGGCGCGGAGGGAGCAGUUCGGGCAGGGGGCGGGGGGCAGGGCGGCGAGGGAGAGGCUGGAGGCCAUGGUCAAGCACCUGGACUUCCUGUGUGAGCUGGAGCCGGAGCCCCCCGCCGCAGCGGAGGGGGCGGGCAGUGGGGCCGGGUCGGGACCCGCGGGUCUGUCGGAGCCGCACCCCCCGGUCAAGGUCAGCACCUGGCGCAAGGUCCACGACAGCGGGGUGUACGAGUCCUGGUACGACUUCUCCAUGCAAGUGGACGACUCGCGACCCCCGGAGCAGGUGGAGGUGGCAGCAGCGGCAGGGGGAGGGAGCAGCAGCAACAACAACAAGGGCAGCAGCAGUGCUGCUGCCGUACAGGGGCUGCGGUACCGGCUGCGACCCAUGGACGUGGAGAGCACCCGGCCGCUGCCGGCGAAUGGCAAGGCUGUGGUGCGCUGGGGCGCCUCCCUGCAGGCGGAGGCGCUGCUGCAGCUGCCGGAGCUGCCCACACGCGACAGCGGCGAGGGGGCGGCGGUGCUGUGGGUGACGGUGGGGCUUCUGGCGGUGGACGGAGUGGUGCUGCAGAUAAAGCUCAAGAAGGCGCCAAAGCCCAAGGAGCGCGACCGCGUGGCGGGUGUGUGGUACGCCUACCACCCCGUGGCGGGGGCGCUAACCGUGCUGCGUGGGGAGCAGCAGGGGGCGGCAGCACAGCAGCCUGCUACCACCUCCUCCUCCUCCUCUUCCAAUGGGUCUGCCGCAGCCGCGGGCAAGAAGCCCACCUGGGGGGGCAGGCUGGAGCCCACCCAGCAGCAGGGGCAGGGGCAGCAGGGGCGCGAGCCGCAGCUGCUGCAUGUGAUCCAGUCGCUGCAGCAGAGGGAGCGGCAGAUGGAGGAGGAGCAGCAGCAGCAGCAGAAACGACUUCAACAACAGCAGCAACAGCAGUACCAGCAGCAGCAGAGGUUACAGGAGCAGCAGCAGCAGCACUCGGAGAAGGCGGCGGAUGAGGGGAAGGUGGGUGUCAGUAAACCGGCGCCGAUUGGCGGAGCCGCUAGCAGAACGGUAGUGGAGGUUGCGGUGGAACCGUCAACUGCAUCACCGGCACAAGAGGCAGCGGUAGCGGAGCCGGCAGUGACGGCAGAGGCGGGUACAGGUAGCAAGCGAGGGGCUGUUGCGGCGGCGGCUCCAAGUACGAGCGGCGGCGGCGCUGGGGAUGAUGAUGUACGGCAAGCGACGGUAUCAAAUGCAGGGCCGCCGGAGUCAACAGCCCAGACGACCAGCAGCACGGCCACCACGGAUGCCGGUGCCCGUGGCAGUGUCUCCAGUGUUCCAGUGUUACCGGUGGAGGUUCGAGAGGGCAACGGAUGUACGGCAGAGGCAGCAGCGGUGGCAGCGACGGCAGAGGCUCCAUCAUUGACGUCGUCGUUGCCGCCACAACAAGCGGGAGCUACGGUGGCGGAGGAGGAGAAGGGCGUUACUGCUGCGACGCCUCCUCAGGCUGUUGCAGCGCGAGCACAGCCGGGGUGCGUGUCAUCGCCUGCAGCAGCGGUGGUGGCAGCGGCAGCGGGUGAAGCGCCUGAGGAGGAGAAGGCAGAAGUGGGCGUGGAGGAGGAAGAGUAUGACGGCCCUGGCCUGGACGACCCAGAGUGACCCAUGGGUCGUUCACUUGCGCAGUGAUGAAGGAUUGUGGAACUCGCAGCGUUGGGGAGCACCUUCGGCUAGACUUGUGAUCUGGGUUUGUCGCUGCUGCUAUUGGGUCACCCAAAAUCGCAAGAAACAUGGCGUAAAUCGGUAUUGUACUGGUGAACUCACGUAACGUGCGAGCCGGCAAAAAGCGCUGGCAUUACCAGCGUGCUGCUGCGGCAAGCUAGGAUGGCGAGCGCACUUUGUGCUGGACAGUGAUGUGGCAGAGCGGGUGGCAGAUCCUCUUCCUUACAGGAUUUGUCAGGAUUCGUGCUUUGCUUGGCGUGCAUUUGUAAUACCCUGCAAAUGUACAGAAAUCGUCCAGAAUUUCCGUACCCCAGAGCAUUUGGCGGCAACUAUCGCAGCAUCUCUGGGUCAAUGUCCCUGACGUCGGUGUGAUGUUUGGCUGCAAACCCAAUUCCUAAGUGUAAUGAGUCUGCUUAC